UCACCACAAAAUUACAAUGGAAUCCAUCAAGACCUCAAUAGCGGAGUUGGGAGCCUCAUUCAACGCAAGGAUGGCAGAGUUUCAGGGCCAGAUUGAGAAGGCUAACCCGGAGAGUCCCACAGUGUCAUCUGUUGCUGCACAGUUCAGUGCUUUCCGAGCAUUUAUACUGAAGGCUAUCGAGACCCUGCAGCAACAGGUUGAGUUCCUGAUCCAGCAAGUGGACAGCAUGGAGAUGCGGUCCAGGCGCAAGAUCCUACUAUUUCAUGGGGUGGCAGAGGCGGACAACGAGGACUCUUCAGCGCGGAUUCUGGACCUGCUAAAGGUGCAUCUCAAAAUAGAUUUGAUUGCUGACAAGAUUGCUCGAAGUCACCGUAUGGGUCGUCCACGUAGCAAUAAGACCAGAUGCAUUCUGGUAGAGUUCAGAGACCUUUCUGACCGCAAUGCCAUCUGGGCUGCAAAAACUGCUUUGAAAGGGACUGGUGUCGUCAUCUCCGAAUUCCUGACCAAGCCGCGGCACGACGUCUUCAUGAUGGCCAGGGAGCGUUUCGGAGUUCGAAACUGCUACACGCGAGAAGGCAGCGUGUUCGUCCUGGUCGGGGAUGGCGAUCGUCGCUGUGUUACAUCUCGAGCCGACCUCGACAAGAUCCAGGUCACUCAACCGCCUAAAGCCGGGCCUGCUGCUGGAGUUGACGGUGCAGUCGGGCUUGCGGUAGAUCAACAACCAGGUGAGCCGGGCAAGAGGUCGAGAAAACCGGCAAAUCGUUAUUAA